AUUUUGAGAGAUCUUUUCCUUGGCAAACCUUUCCUUUUUUCUUUGAGUUUCAAUAAAAUGAAAAUGGGGAAAGCCUCAAAUUCCAGCAAUGGUGAGAGCAGUAGCAAUGGAACCAAAGUGGUUUUGCAUGUUUAUGAUCUUACACACAUCAAUAAUUACUCUUAUCGGUUUGGUUUAGGGAUUUUCCAUUCCGGCAUUGAAGUUCAUGGCAAAGAGUAUGAUUUCGGGGCUCAUGAAUUUCCGGCCACCGGAGUUUUCGAAGUGGAACCGAAGAACUGCCCCGGUUUCGCCUACCGGUGUUCAAUCUCAUUGGGAAGCAUAAACAUGUCGUUGACAGAAUUCACAACGUUCAUCGAGAAAAUGGCUUCCCAGUAUUAUGGAAAUAGCUACCACCUCAUCUCCAAGAACUGUAAUCACUUCACAGACGACGUUGUUCAUAAAUUGACAAGCAAACACAUCCCCGGGUGGGUGAACCGACUGGCUCGGCUAGGUUCUUUAUUCAGCUGCAUACUUCCGGAAAGCCUUCAAGCAACUAGAGUAAAGAAGGUCGAGGAAGUCGAAGAUGAAACCGAUACUCCGCUACCUGCCACCGCCACCGAUUCAUCUAAAACCAACGAUAAGGAAGAAAAGAAGCUGUUGCUGUCCUCAAAAGCCGGAAAUUCGGAUAUAAAUUUUGUUAAAGAAGCCCAAAGUGAAUGCAAGGAGCCUUAA